AUGACGUCGACUCAUGAUGUUCCCAACGAUUCUCAGCCUCACCACAAUCAUGAUCGUCCGUUAGCCGAGUCCAUCGUUGCUGCCACCAGGGGCAUCCACGCCAAGCUUAACAAGCUCAUCAUCGCUCGCCUGCCGCUCGCGCUUCCUCCCCGUGCUCAAGAUCCUACUCUCUAUAUCUCGGGACUCCUCCACAUCACACCCAUCUACAUGACCUUUGAGGCACUAUGGCGCGAUAUCCUGGACUCUCCGGUCAAUGACGUUGACGAGAAGGAAACCAACCCUCAUGGCCCUGACACCACUCUCCCUGCCUCUGAUGUACACAGGCUCUCGGGUUGCAACAGGAUGCAGUCUCUCCUUCAGCAUGUUUUCCUUCCUGGCCUGAUGCGGUCUGAUCGCCUCAAGGCAGAUAUCGCACAUAUAACAGGAUGGUCAGACAGUCUCGUGGAAGAUCAACUACGGUUUGUUGAACAGAGUGGACGUUUGGGAGAUUUCAUUCAGCACAUCAAGAGAUCAGUCCAACACCGGCCCCAUGUUCUCCUGGCCUACUCCUAUAUCCUGUUUAUGGCGCUCUUUGCUGGAGGUCGCUUCAUUAGAGCUACCUUGGAGUCGGCAGGGGAUGACUUUUGGAACCAUCUACCUUCCCCCAUCAAACCGACCUCUCUCCCUUGUCAGCAGAGCACGAGGCCAACUAAGCGAGCCAGCGGCCUAUCUGACGAACAACUUCCCGACCAUGACCAUUAUUGUCAUGCUACACAUACGAUGCCCCUGAGGUUCUUCCAUUUUCAGACACCCGAGGAUGGCGAGGACCUAAAGCGCGAGUUUAAGCAACGUCUUUUGGAUGCAGAGAAGAGGUUGACGGCCCGCGAGAAACAAGAUAUUGUCCAAGAGUCAGUCUGCAUUUUUGAGAAUAUGACUCUCCUGAUCCAUCAACUUGACUCGGUUUGCGGCGACCCUGAACGGAAGGACAGCAGCAGCACAACAUCUUCUCUCUUUGAGCUUGUCGACCAGUUCCAUCCUUUCCGCUCUCGCAUCAGGGACAGUGUGUCCAUCACCAAGGAACGAAGCGCACGAACCUCGACGUUGUCAUCGGAUGGUGUUAGACAAGUAUGGAAAAGCUGGGUAAACACGUCGGCUUCUUCCCCCUCUCAAGGCGAAUUUGUCGCACCAACUGGGCACCCUGAUGUUUCUAGGGCCGACAGUGGCGCUGCAUCUUGUCCGGCCUCCAAGUCUAUGAGAUUUGAGAAGGCCCUCCCCAAGCCAACACGAACCCCCAGCGAUCUAGCCAAGACUAAGCAUGGCCUCCAAGAGUGCCUUAAGCUCGCGUCCCAGAGGUUUCAAAGCAUGCAUGUAAUCAAUUGGCUAAUGCUGGCGGCCUUUUGUGCUCUUACAUAUGGAGUUCUCUUCUCUGCUAGACGAGGCGAGGACAUGGCUCUGGACGCCUGA